UGCGGGAGGUCAAAGGCCAGUCUAGCUAGUUCCGCUUCCGGUUCCGGGUCCUUCUUGUCGGAAAGCUUUGUGGUGUUGGAGAAGCUACAUAGCCGGUUUCGGGGGGUCAGGGUGGGCGGCGGGUCUCCCAAGGUCCGCUGCUGCAGACAUGGCGGCCUCCACUGCGGCCGGGAAACAGCGGAUUCCCAAAGUGGCCAAGGUGAAAAACAAAGCCCCAGCUGAAGUACAGAUAACUGCUGAACAACUCUUAAGAGAAGCUAAGGAAAGAGAACUUGAGCUUCUUCCACCUCCACCUCAGCAGAAGAUCACAGAUGAAGAAGAAUUAAAUGAUUACAAACUAAGGAAAAGGAAGACUUUUGAAGAUAACAUAAGAAAAAACAGGACCGUGAUUAGUAACUGGAUAAAAUACGCACAAUGGGAAGAAAGUCUAAAGGAGAUUCAAAGGGCUCGAUCCAUAUACGAGCGUGCUUUAGAUGUAGACUAUCGAAAUAUUACGCUGUGGCUGAAAUAUGCAGAAAUGGAAAUGAAGAAUCGUCAGGUCAACCAUGCCCGAAAUAUCUGGGACCGGGCCAUAACAACUCUGCCUCGGGUCAACCAGUUCUGGUACAAGUACACGUAUAUGGAGGAGAUGUUGGGAAACAUUGCUGGUGCCCGGCAGGUGUUUGAGCGCUGGAUGGAAUGGCAGCCUGAGGAACAAGCCUGGCACUCCUACAUCAACUUUGAGCUAAGAUACAAAGAGGUGGAUCGGGCUCGCACCAUUUAUGAACGAUUUGUCCUCGUACACCCUGAUGUUAAGAACUGGAUCAAGUAUGCACGCUUCGAAGAAAAACAUGCUUAUUUUGCUCAUGCACGGAAAGUAUAUGAGAGGGCUGUCGAAUUCUUUGGAGAUGAACAUAUGGACGAACACCUUUAUGUUGCCUUUGCCAAAUUUGAAGAAAAUCAGAAAGAAUUUGAAAGGGUACGAGUGAUUUACAAGUAUGCCCUGGAUAGAAUUUCAAAACAGGAGGCCCAAGAACUCUUUAAAAAUUAUACCAUCUUUGAGAAGAAGUUUGGUGAUAGGCGGGGUAUUGAAGAUAUCAUCGUGAGCAAACGGAGAUUCCAGUAUGAAGAAGAAGUGAAGGCUAAUCCACACAAUUAUGAUGCAUGGUUUGAUUACUUGCGCUUGGUGGAAAGUGAUGCAGAGGCUGAAACGGUGCGAGAAGUCUAUGAAAGAGCCAUUGCCAACGUCCCACCCAUUCAGGAGAAGAGGCACUGGAAGCGCUACAUUUAUCUUUGGGUCAACUAUGCACUCUAUGAAGAGUUGGAGGCAAAGGAUCCUGAGAGGACAAGACAGGUAUAUCAAGCCUCUUUGGAACUAAUUCCUCACAAAAAGUUCACAUUUGCCAAAAUGUGGAUACUAUAUGCACAAUUUGAAAUAAGACAGAAAAAUUUAUCACUUGCCAGAAGAGCUUUGGGAACUUCCAUAGGCAAAUGUCCAAAGAACAAGUUAUUUAAAGUUUACAUAGAAUUGGAGCUACAGCUUCGAGAAUUUGACAGAUGCCGGAAGCUUUAUGAAAAGUUCCUGGAAUUUGGACCUGAAAAUUGUACUUCAUGGAUUAAAUUUGCAGAAUUAGAGACAAUCCUUGGUGAUAUUGACAGAGCUCGGGCAAUCUACGAAUUAGCCAUCAGUCAGCCACGCUUAGACAUGCCAGAGGUGCUGUGGAAAUCAUAUAUUGAUUUUGAAAUUGAACAAGAAGAAACUGAAAGAACACGAAAUCUUUACCGACGAUUGCUUCAACGGACACAACAUGUCAAGGUGUGGAUCAGUUUUGCUCAGUUUGAGUUGUCUUCAGGGAAGGAAGGAAGUUUGGCUAAAUGCAGACAGAUUUAUGAAGAAGCUAACAAAACCAUGCGAAACUGUGAAGAAAAGGAAGAGAGACUUAUGCUGCUGGAAUCUUGGCGAAGCUUUGAAGAAGAAUUUGGAACAGUAUCAGAUAAGGAAAGAGUGGACAAACUCAUGCCAGAGAAAGUCAAGAAGAGAAGGAAGGUCCAGGCUGAUGAUGGGUCUGAUGCAGGCUGGGAAGAAUACUUUGAUUACAUCUUCCCAGAAGAUGCUGCCAACCAACCUAACCUCAAGCUGCUGGCCAUGGCCAAACUUUGGAAGAAACAGCAACAGGAAAAGGAGGAUGCCGAGCAAGAUCCAGAUAAGGACAUCGAUGAGAGUGAAUCCUGAUCUUUUUUUCGUAUCGAUAAAUGUUUUUAUUUUUAUAAAUUACAGUUUGGAAUUCUUGUGACUCCUGGACGUUUUUAUAUAUUUCACCAGUAAGAAAUUGAUUGGUAUCUUUGAUAGCUACUUUUUGAAUUAUUUUUAAAAUGCUCUUGGGUUAACCUGGGGUAGGGGAAUGCAAGUAAAGGAAUUUUCUACUGCAGGA